ACUGCUCUCUCUCCUCUCCGCGUGUCCCAUGCUCGCGCCGCUGCGGCCCCGCUCCACUCCUCCUCCUCCUCCUUCUCCUCCUCCUCCUCCUUCCAUUCCACUCCAUUUUCCUCCUUACUUUCUCGCGCUCAUCCACUCUCUUUACAUGCGUUAGCGCGCACUCCUACUUCCUUCCUCCUCCUCCUCUUUCUUUUUGUUUUUCUUUCUUUUUUUGCUCUCUGCUGUGGAGUGAAGAUCCUCUGUUCGUCUUGCCCCAGGAUGUCUUACCCUCAGGGGUACCUGUAUCAGCCCCCUGCCUCUCUGGCGCUGUACUCCUGCCCCGCGUACGGCGCUCCGGCUCUGGCGAGGAGCGACGAGCUGCUCCGCUCUUCCUCCUCGUCUUCCUCAUCCUCCUCUUCCUCCUCGUCUUCCUGCUCCUCGUCCUCCUCCUGCUCGUCCUCGGGGUCUGCCUUCAGCCCUUAUCCCGGAUCCGCCGCGUUCUCCAGCCCGCUGCCCUACUCCGCCGACCCGGCCAGCGCCUUCCCGCCCUACAUGGGUUCUCCUUACGACCCCCACCCCGCCGGUCUAGCAGCAGCAGCAGGUGCAGUGGGAUUUGCCCCCUACCCCGGGGCAGGUUACCCUUACCAGCUCAACGACCCCACGUACCGUAAGAACGCGACGCGCGACGCCACGGCCACGUUGAAGGCCUGGCUGCAGGAGCACAGGAAGAACCCCUACCCCACCAAGGGCGAGAAGAUCAUGCUGGCCAUCAUCACCAAGAUGACCCUCACUCAGGUCUCCACGUGGUUCGCCAACGCCAGAAGGAGACUCAAGAAGGAGAACAAGGUGACGUGGGCGCCGAGGAGCAAGAGUGAAGAUGAGGAUGAGGAAGAUGGAGACGGCGAGAGGAAAGAGGACAGAGGAGCGAAGAGUCUGGACAAUGAAGAGGCGUCUGCUGAGGACGAAGGCAUCAGUCUUCAGGUGGACGGCCUGACUGACCACUCCGCAGAGUCCGACGGUGAGAAGGUCACUUGCAGGAUCAGUGAUCUGGUCUGCAGUUCGGGACCCGAUGCCAAGGACAAAUGUGACGAGAAUGAUCUGGACGCUGGCCAUGCAGAGCAUCGACAGGGCCUGUCACCUAAGCCAGUGACCGCUUCACCCCUGACUGGCAUGGAGGCUCCAGUCUUGGGCCACCACCAUCACCAGGACUCCAGAAACAAAAGCAAGGCAUGCCUGGACAGUCGGACGCCCACAGAUGGCCAGAAUCAGACGGUCAAGCCUAAACUCUGGUCCCUGGCUGAAAUCGCCACUUCGGACCCCAAGCAGCCCCUGGGGCAGAGCUGCCCCUCAGCUGUGGGUCUUUUGGCAUCCACGGCCUCCGGCACUUCCCCUGCCGCGCCCGUGUACUCGGCCUCUUCCAUCCUGGGACGGCCAUUGUACUACACCUCACCCUUUUACAGCAACUACACAAACUAUGGGAGCUUCAGCCCAUUGCAGGGCCAAGGGAUUCUGAGGUACGGCUCUACCGGAGUGGCUGCUAACGAGGGACUUCCUCAGACUGUCCUCAGUGCCAGCGCCAUUCACAAACACACAUCUGAGCACCUGCUAAAGACUAACCAGAGUCAGACUGAGCAGCACUUCAGGGCCUUGAAUGUAGAGUCUAAGAAAGCAGAUUCCCCCGAGGUGUGCACAGUAGGACCUCAGUCUUAUCUGUCAAGCUAAAGACGAUGAAGACCAUUCAAGUAGGUGUCACAGUUGCUUUGAGCAAAGAAAAACAAAGCCAUCACCCCCCCUCCCCCCACCCUCCACCACUGCUGGUAUUAAAAAAGCCCACCAGCUCUCCCCAAACCGGAUUGCGUUGAGGACAGCAGAGCACUCCACUAGAUUUAAAACCAUAUGGCAUUGAAAUAUGAGGACUGGAAACAUGGAGGUGCAUUAUUACUUUUUUUGUUUGUUUGUUUUCCCUUCUGAUGACUUUGUGCAUUUAUGGAUAAAGUAGUUAUCUCACCAUAAGGAAACUCUCUCAGGACCCCCUGUGUAGUUUGCUUCAUUGCCAUCUAUCGUACACACAUCAUGUGUGGGACAUGAUUAGAGCUUCUCUACUUCAUCUGUACUUUGUUUGUAAAGGCUGUAAACUGGAGGAGGGCGAGAGGUGGGGCUGGUAAUCUCGACGAAGAGUGGAAUACAUUUGAUAUUUAUUUUUGUAUGAUGACGGCAGUUGCCUAUUAAUUUAUGCAAGUUGUAUUGCAAUGGAAAGCAGAAACCCUGUUUUGUAAAUAAAUUAUAAUUGGUUUUUAUUUAAAAACGACCACAAAAAUACAGAAGUUACAAAAUGUUGUUAAGGAGAAAACUUUUACUAAUUUAUAUCUUUCAUUGUGAAUAAAAGGUGCUGGUGUGCACUGGGAAA